CCAUCCAUCAAUUGCCAAAUCCAAAAUGAUACACGUAUCCAUUUGUAUAAUACAGAGCUGACAAUGCGACUAAAACAACCACUAUCUGUCAAUCAACAAUUUUUUUUUUAAUUUUUUUGAAGCUUAUUAGACAUGCAUAUGAUUGUUCCGUCAAGUUCACCAGAAAAUUAGCCUCAAUCUCUUUAAAUAUUGAAGAUUACAGUGGCGCACACAUUUGCCAUUUGGCCCAUCGCCAAAGAACAUCAAGUAUUGAUCAUCCUGCAAUGACUACUACGUACUGGGGUUAAUGCAAUUCCCUCCUUGUUCUCCUUCCCCCUUGAACAAAGACAAAGUAAGUUAGAAAAAGAAAGCAUCUUGAACUUGAAGGAAAAGAUGUGGUUGUGCAACACAAAAGGGUCGUCUGGAUUUUCAUCCUCUUCCACCGCGGAUGAAGUCACUGAGGGCAUUGACGCCUCUGGUCUCACUGCCAUUGUCACUGGUGCAUCAAGUGGUAUUGGUACUGAAAUGGCCCGCGUUCUUGCACUGCGUGGAGUCCAUGUCACAAUUGCAGUCAGAAACAUGGCUGCAGGCCAAAAGGUUAGAGAAGCCAUUGUGAAGGAAAUCCCUGAAGCCAAGAUCGAUGUCAUGGAGUUGGAUCUUAGUUCAAUGGCAUCUGUAAGAAGAUUUGCAUCAGAGUUUAAUUCGUUGGGUCAUCCCUUGAAUAUCCUAAUUAAUAAUGCAGGAAUCAUGGGUACCCCUUUCAAGCUAUCCCAGGACAACAUAGAAUUACAGUUUGCCACGAAUCAUUUAGGUCAUUUUCUUUUAACGAACCUGUUGCUGGACACCAUGAAGAAAACGUAUUACAAAAGUAAGAAAGAGGGGAGGAUAGUAAACGUUUCAUCAGAUGCUCACCGCUACACAUAUCGUGAAGGUAUUCGUUUCGAUAGGAUCAGUGAUGAAAAAGGAUACAGUAGCUUCUUUGCUUAUUGUAAAUCAAAGCUGGCUAAUCUACUGCACUCCUAUGAGCUAGCCAGACGCUUUAAGGAAGAAGGGGUGGAAAUAACCGCCAACUCUGUUCAUCCAGGAGUGAUUAUCAGCAAUGUUUUCCAUCGUCGAGGCUGCUGUAUAGGUCUUGCCAAUAAGCUCGAUAAAUAUGUGUUUAAGACUCUUCAACAAGGAGCUUCGACAACCUGCUAUGCAGCAUUGCAUCCGCAAGUCAAGGGAAUUAGCGGUGCAUAUUUUCGGAACAACAACAUAGCCAAAGCUAGCUCAAAGGCCAUGGACGCAGAUUUGGCUAGCAGACUCUGGGAGUUUAGCUUGAACCUGGUAAAGCAAAAUGGAGAUGAUUCCUGAAGAACCAGUUCUACAACAAUGGACGUAUAUAUUGCUGAUAAAUUCGACCAUGGUAUAAUAAUAAAGUGGGAAGAAAAUAAGUUCUGUUUAAUAAUUGUUUGCGUAGAAAAGUCUACUUUCUUUUUUAAAAAGAUGUUUAGAAAAAUUAUGAGGACACUGCGAGUUGUGCACAUAUUAGUACAAAGUAGAUGCCCAAGAUUUGACAAAAAAAUAUAUAAGAUUUAGAUUGUAUAUUGUA